UUUCAUUAACAACCACAUGAAAAUAUAGGUUGUAGAUAAAAUGUCAGACUCUCGCGAGUACUCAAAGAGAGAGAGGAAGAGAAGGGGAGUAGACCUGUCCGCCUUAGAAAAACUCAAGCAGGCACGGAGUGGUCAAUCUAAAGCAAUGGACAACAUUAAGGACGAGGAAGCAAUAUACGAUUAUGUUACUGAGGACCAAUAUGCAGAUAUUGUAAAUGAACGACUGCAAAAUGAAUGGGUGGUGGGUGACAUUAAAGGAAGUGGCUACGAUGAUACAGGCAGAGAAAUAUUUGACGAAGAGCAGGAAGACUGGUCUGAGAGCAUUUCAAGUGCUUCUGGAAGCAAGAAAAGAAAGAAGCCCAGCAAUGUAAAGGCUCCAGCUAAUGGUGGGAUCGCCCAAUUCAUGACUAAGGGCAAAAACAAAACACAGACUGAAACUAAAACUUUGGGAACUGAUGCUUUACUUGAUGAGCUGCUGACAUCACUUGAUAAACCGAACAUAACUGCUGCUGUAUCAGAGGCUCCUAAAACUAACAGAGUGGUCAGACACCCUCCCUCCCAGAAACUCUCGCAGAGUUCCAAACCUAGCAUUAAACCUGCUCCCACCAAGAUACUGCAAAGGAAAUCAGCAGGGAAUAAUCUACCCAAAACAAGCAUUAAAGAAGAAGCGCACAGUGUUUCAUUCAUGGAGGAAACAGCAGCUCAUGUUGAUGAAGACUCUAUGGAUAUUCCAAUGGAUGACAUAGACGAUGCCAUGCUUGAACAAGCUGACUUGGUCGUUAAAAGAGAGCCGCAAGCAAUGGAGGUAAAAGAGGUAAAAGUAAAGGCAGAGCCUCCUGUAGACUGGUCCAUGUUUGUUGAUGAACCUAAGACUUCAGCUGAUGUUACUUUUGACAAGGGAACCUGUCCAAUGGUGACAGUAGAUGAGCAGGAAAUGUUCAAGAUGUACUAUUUUGAUGCAUACGAGAACAGCUACAAUAAUCCAGGGACGGUGUAUCUGUUUGGAAUGGAGGUGGGGGAGGGGAAGUACACCAGUGCAUGUGUAGCUGUUACAAACAUUCCUAGAACAGUCUUCAUACUCCCACGUGACACACACCCAGAUACUGGAGAGGAUAUCAAGAUGCUGGAUGUCUACCAAGAGUUCAACGAUAUUAUCGCCCCUAAGUUUAAAAUCAACAAGUUUCAAUCAAAACCGUCCUCUAAAAAGUUUGCUUGGAACGUCCAUGGUUUGGAUGUACCAUAUGAGAGCGAGUACUUGGAAGUGAGAUAUUCAGCUGAAUACGCUCCUCUCCCGUUCAAUCUUGAAGGUAAAACAUUCCAUCGAGUGUUCGGUACAACACAAACAGCACAAGAACUCCUUAUUUUGCAGGGUAGGUUGAAAGGUCCAUCUUGGAUCCUUGCUAAAAACUGUGUCACACCCCGUCUACAGAGCACAUGGGCUACAUACGAGGUGGCAGUUGAGAAGAUGUCAGAUAUCCAGCACUGGAAAGAGGAGCUUCCUCCUCCUCCUCUAUCCUGCAUUUCACUUAGUCUCAAAACUAUGAUAAACCCUAAGACCAAUGCCAACGAAAUCAUUUCGAUUGGAGCUUUGGUUCAGUCUGAGUUCCACAUCGACAAGGCAUCUCCAAGACAACACUACUCCCAGCAUCUUGCAGCAAUAACUAUUCCAAAUAAUCAGGUCUACCCUUACGAUUUUGACAAGGCUGUGAAGGCAACUUCAACUAAUAUCGAGGUUUUCAAAUCUGAACGAUCUAUGUUGGGAUGGUUUAUUGCUCGACUCCAAAAACUGGAUCCUGACAUUAUGAUUGGUUACGACUGCGCGUUUGAUAUUGAUGUCCUGCUUCACCGCUUGGUGGCUGUUAAAGUGCCCCACUGGUCGAGAAUAUCAAGGUUCAAAAGAACAACAUUGCCCAAAUCGUUUGGUAGUGCUGGUCUAGUAGGGGUGGGGGUGCUGACAGGCAGGAUUGUUGUUGACACCAAGAUAUCCUGCAAGGAACUCAUUAGACUUCGUAAAUAUGAUCUGACAGAGUUUGCUAAGAUAAUUCUCAAAGAGACCCGACUGGAGUUCUCUCUGGAGCAAGCUGCUUCAAUGUUCGACACAUCCCACAACCUUCUCCAAGCGAUCCACCACACACUGAACGAUGCUAGCUUCAAUCUGAAGAUAAUGUUCGAACUGAUGGCUCUGCCUCUCAGCCAUCAGAUUACUAAACUGUGUGGAAAUGUGUGGCAGAGGACACUUCUCGGUGGCAGAGCAGAGAGAAACGAAUAUCUUCUUCUCCACGCCUUUAAUGACCAGGACUUUAUUGUACCUGACAAGAAAACAGCGAAGAUGAAGGCUGCGGAAGAGGGAAACGUUGACAAAAAGAAGGACACUUACUCAGGAGGGCUGGUUCUGGAGCCGAAGAAGGGUUUUUACGACACAUACAUUCUGCUUCUUGAUUUUAACAGUUUGUACCCCUCUUUAAUACAGGAAUACAACGUGUGCUUUACAACAGUAGAUGCUUCUACCGUCAACAUCGACGGAAUUGCUGAGGUUCCUAGUACAGACUUAGCACCUGGCAUACUGCCAGUGGAGAUAAAGAAGUUGGUGGAGCGCAGGAAGGAUGUGAAGAACUUGUUAAAGAAAGAAACUCCUGGUUCUGAUAAAUACUUGCAGUACGAUAUCAGACAGAAAGCACUGAAGCUGACCGCUAAUUCUAUGUACGGUUGCCUUGGUUUCAGCAACUCUAGAUUCUACGCUAAAGCGCUAGCCGCUCUGGUAACCUCUAAAGGUAGGGAGGCAUUGCUCGCUGCCAAGGACCUGGUGGAGACCAACAUGAGGAUGGAUGUUGUGUACGGAGACACUGACUCCAUCAUGAUUAACACACACUCAACUGAGAUUCAGGAGGUCAUGCAGUUAGGAAGGAAGGUAAAGGCGGAGGUUAACAAAAUGUAUAGGCUGCUGGAGAUAGACAUUGAUGGAGUCUUCAAGUCUAUGUUACUGUUGAAGAAGAAGAAGUAUGCUGCCAUCACACUGCAGCUUCAAGCAGAUGGGAGUUUUAGAGAGGAGCGGGAACUGAAAGGUCUGGAUAUAGUGAGACGUGAUUGGAGUGAGCUAGCUAAGGAUGCUGGAACGUAUGUGCUGGAUUGUAUCUUAUCCAACAAGAAAAGAGACACCGUAUUGGAGGAAAUACACUCUUAUCUUACCGAUAUUGGUAAGCAAGUGACAGAGAGGAAGAUCCUUCUCCAGAAGUAUGUGAUCCACAAGAGUCUCACUAAAUCUCCAGCUGAUUACCCUGACAAGAAAUCUCAGCCUCACGUCCAGGUAGCGCUAAGGUUGAUCUCACAAGGGAAGCGUGUAGUAUCUGGUGACGUUAUAGAGUACGUGAUCUGUGAGGACGGGACUACAACAGCACCUACACAGCGGGCUUACCAUCCUUCUGAGAUCAACGAUAAACCUGAGAUGCUGAAGAUAGACACCCACUAUUACCUCUCCUCUCAGCUACAUCCUGUCGUAUCCCGGCUCUGUAGCCCUAUUGAAGGUACAGAUGUGGCUCUGAUAGCGGAGUGUCUAGGUCUGGAUUCAGCUGGAUAUAAGAGGUCUCUAGCUGCAGAUGAGAACAGUUCUAGUUCAUGUGUAGUGCUCAAGGAAGUAGACCGUUACAAAGACUGUGCCCCCCUCACUCUGCCUUGUCAGCACUGUUCAACCACCCUGACCAUCACUACCUUGUGUGACAUGACCUCCGCCCCUCCCCGCCCCUCUUUCUCUUGUCAGAGUUGUGCUAAAUCUCUGGGUCCCCACUACAUCGCUAACAAAAUCCUGCUUGCUGCUAGAAUGUGUAUCCAGAAGUAUUACAGUGGAUCAGUGCGGUGCGAGGACUCCGCUUGUAACUACACUACCCGUAACACUCCCCUCUCUUCACGCUGUACUCAGUGCUAUAAAGGUCACGUGACUUACUCGAUAUCUGAAGGUGCUCUCUACAACCAGCUCUCAUUUUAUCUCUCCCUCGUCGAUUUCAAGAGUUUUGCGGCGAAGUUUUCAAAGCAGUCGCCCCAAUUGGACAGUCUUAUGUACCUAGAGAGCGUUCUACAAAUUCCCUACAAAACUCUGACUAAAUUACUGGAACAGAAUGCUUACUCUCAGAUCGACCUCACCAAACUAUUCGCCGUAGUCGGUGCUUGAUUUGCUGGAAAAUAUAUUUAGCUUAUAGCUAGUACAAUAACAGAUAACAGAGAAUACGAUAGCGGAAUAGUUCAGAUGCUGAGUGCUAUGUUAGGAGAUCAACAAGUGUUAGAAUUACGAACAAAGUUAUUACUGUGGUGACUGGUGGUAUGUUAAGAUGUUGAUAGGAGAUCCAAUUUUAACUGAUCAGAUUUUGAUGUUUUAAUUAAUUUAUAGUUAUACAACUUAAAGUUCCAACGGAUACAUUCAUCGAGCCCAAAAGAAAUGGAUUUUGCAACAUUGGAACUUGGAAGCUCUAUAGUCGGUUUCGUCGUAACGACAAACAUAUAAUUACAGUAUAAGACAGAAUUGUAGUUAACAUUUUAUAUUUGUAAUACGAAUCGUGGCUUGAUUUUCUUUAAUUUCUAUUUGAUAUGUUAACCACACAUUUGGAUCAGUUGUGUGACUCGUGACUUUGUUUCUAUCUCGUUUUCUUAUCGACUUCCACCGAUAUAAACUUCGGUAUCAUUAAUUGU